AUGCCAGUACCUACUCAACUUCCACAUAAAUAUCAUGACGAAAUCAAUGAAAAUGGAUUCACAAUAAUUGAAAAUUUCUUGACACCAGAAGAAAUAGAAAAAUAUACAAAAGCAAGUGAAAUAAUAGUUGAUAUGGCUCGAAAAGGAGAUAUACAAACUGUACGUACAAGAGGAAAACAAUAUCCACCAUGGCCUAAAAAUUUUAAUCCUGAUAUAUGGGGUGUUUCAGGAUUAUUACAUCCAAACUUAGGUGAAAAAUCGUAUCCUUUCCAUGACUUGUAUGCUGAUGAUAAAAUGUUAAAUGUUGUUUCUGAUAUUUUACAAAUUCAAACAAAUGAAAUAUCUAUGGAAUUAUUAAAUAUGUUAAUUAAUCCAUUAACUGAUUUUGAAUUAGAUUGGCAUAGAGAUACUAUAAAACCUGAAGUUUCACCAGAAGAAGAAGCUAAAGAUUUAUUAACUUACCCAUUUGCUGGAGCUCAAUUUAAUUUAAGUUUAACUCAUGAUGAUUGUUUAAUAGUUAUACCUAAAUCUCAUAAUAGAAUUAGAACAGAUGAAGAAAGAUCCAAAACAAUUGAUUCAUUAAGAAGAAAAGAAUUUAUUACAAAUCAAAUAAUAGUUAAUUUAAAUCCAGGUGAUUUAGUAUUUUAUAAUAAUAAUAUUUUACAUCGAGCUGCUUAUAAAUCUAAAAAUAAAAGAUUAACUAUACAUGGUUCUUAUGGUAAUGUUAGAUUUGGAAAAUCAAGAGCAAAAGGUAUAUUACAACAUGGAGUUGCUGAAUGGUUACCUAUUUUAAAAUCUCAAAAUGAAAAUUUAAAAAUGUUAAAAUCAAAAUUAGUUGAUUUAGCUAAUGAAUUUGAAGGUAUUGAUCUAGGAUAUGCAUUGGAAGGUUGA